AUGUCCUUUCAAUCUUCUGCAGAUAAUUGUGAUGAUCCACUACUGUUCCCGUUGCCGCAGACAGCAUUUGACAGCUCUUCAGAACUAUUCAGCACACACAGCCAUAGCUAUGCAAAGCUCAACAGACGAGAUGGUGCUGGUGGUUGGUCCCCACUGGAAUCCAACUCAAAACAGUGGUUGCAAGUUGACCUUGGAGACAGAGUUGAUAUCACAGGGAUUGCAACUCAGGGCAGAUAUGGAAGUUCUGACUGGGUAACGAGUUACAGCAUAAUGUUCAGUGAUACAGGACGCAACUGGAAGCUUUACCGGCAUGACAACAGUGUGUGGACAUUCUCAGGAAACAUAAAUGCCGACAGUAUUGUACAGCACAAGUUCCAACACUCAAUUAAAGCAAGAUUCUUGCGGAUAGUUCCUCUUGAAUGGAAUCCCAAAGGGAGAAUUGGGCUCAGAAUGGAGGUCUAUGGCUGUGCAUACAAAUCGGAUGUAGCUGAUUUUGAUGGCAGAAGCUCACUCCUGUAUAGGUUCAAUCAGAAGCUGAUGACUACAUUUAAAGAUGUCAUUUCUCUGAAAUUUAAGAGCAUGCAGAGUGAUGGAGUUUUAUUUCAUGGGGAAGGACAACGUGGGGACUACAUUACAUUAGAGUUACAGAAAGGAAAAUUAACUCUUUCAAUUAACCUGGGUGAUGCCAAGCUUCGUUUUGGUAACACUCAUACUGUAGUUACUUUGGGCAGCCUUCUAGAUGAUCAGCACUGGCACUCUGUCCUAAUAGAUCGAUUCAAUAAGCAAGUUAACUUCACAGUAGAUAAAUACACUCAGCAUUUUCGAACAAAAGGAGACUCUGAUGACCUGGACAUAGAUUAUGAGUUCAGCUUUGGCGGGAUCCCAGUACCAGGAAAACCUGGGACCUUCAUGAAGAAGAAUUUUCACGGCUGCAUAGAAAACCUGUAUUACAAUGGAGUAAAUAUUAUCGACCUUGCAAAGAGACGUAAACCUCAGAUCUUCAUUGGGAACGUGACAUAUUCCUGCUCAGAACCUCAUUUUGUUCCCAUCACCUUUAUUAGCUCAAGCACAAGCUACCUGCUGUUACCAGGUACCCCCCAAAUGGAUGGUCUAUCUGUGAGCUUCCAAUUCCGUACAUGGAAUAGUGAAGGUCUUCUCCUAUCCACUCGGCUUUCAGGGACCACAGGAAUCCUGCUCCUCCAACUGGUUUCUGGAAAAUUAAUUCUCAUAAUCCAGAAAGAGAUGGAAAACAUAAUUACAUUCAGCACGGGAAGUGGUUUAAAUGAUGGUUUGUGGCACUCCAUUGCUAUGAAUGCAAGACGACAUCGGAUCACCCUAACAUUGGAUAAUGGAGUCACCUCUCCAGUUCAGGCAAAUGUCCCAUUACAGAUUUAUUCAGGACACAGCUACUAUUUUGGAGGCUGCACAGAUAACCUCCCGGCUUCUCAAUGUAUAAAUCCUACUUCUGCAUUCCAAGGCUGCAUGAGGCUCAUCUUUAUAGAUAAUCAGCUCAAGGACCUUAUAUUAGUCCAGCGAGGCUCCUUAGGGAAUUUUAGCGACAUACAGAUCGAUAUGUGUGGCAUUAAAGACAGGUGCUUGCCAAAUUAUUGUGAACAUGGGGGAGAAUGUUCUCAGUCCUGGAGCUCAUUUUACUGUGACUGCAGCGACACAGGUUACAGUGGAGCAACCUGCCAUAGCUCUGUGAACGAGCAGUCUUGUGAAGCUUACAGACACAAAGGGUAUCCGUCUGAUUUUUAUUACAUUGAUUCAGAUGGAAGUGGGCCACUUGGACCAAUGCGAGUGUAUUGUAAUAUCACAGAAGAUAAAAUAUGGACUCUGGUUCAACACAAUAACACAGAACUGACCUCAGUCCAAGGAACAUCUAUAAAGAGACCAUAUUCCAUGACUUUCAACUACACUAGCAGCAUGGAGCAACUGGAAGCAAUGAUAAACAAUGCUGAGUACUGUGAGCAAGAGGUGGCAUAUCACUGCAAGCACUCACGCUUACUCAAUUCCCCAAAUGGAGCUCCUUUCACUUGGUGGUUUGGGAGAGGCAAUGAGAGACACUCCUAUUGGGGUGGCUCUCUUCCUGGAGUCCAGCAGUGUAGCUGUGGAAUGGAAGAAAGCUGCAUUGAUAUGAGACAUUACUGCAAUUGUGAUGCUGACAAGCAUGAAUGGACUAAUGACACAGGUUUCUUAACUUUUAAAGACCACUUGCCUGUCUCUCAGAUUAUUAUCACAGACACAAAACCGAUCAGGCUCUGAUGCAGCUUGAAAAUUGGUCCUUUACGUUGCUAUGGUGACAUUUUCUGGAAUGCGGCUUCUUUCAACACAAUGGCCUCAUAUCUCUAUUUCCCUACGUCUCUUGCUGAACUCAGUGCCGAUAUUUCCUUUUUCUUUAAGACGUCUAGUUCAUCUGGAGUCUUCCUGGAAAACCUCGGGGUUAAAGAUUUUACAAGGAUUGAGCUGAUCUCUCCUUAUCAGGUUAUAUUUUCAUUUGAUGUUGGAUAUGGCCCCAUUGAAGUCUCAGUGCAAUCAGCCACAGCUUUGAGUGAUGAUCAAUGGCACUAUGUCAAGGCUGAGAGGAAUAUCAAAGAAACAAGUCUUAUUGUGGAUAGUCAACCAAGGAAGAUUGAACAUAGCCCUUCAGAUGGGCGUUUUCGACUUCAACUCAACAGCCAACUAUUUGUAGGAGCGACUGCAUCAAAACAGAGAGGCUUUGUGGGCUGUAUCCGCUCAUUGCAGCUGAAUGGGCAGAUUGUAGAUCUUAAAAGGGCUAAAAUGACACAGGGUGUCAGACCAGGAUGUCCAGGACAUUGCAGCAGCUAUGGAAAUUUAUGUCACAACAAUGGCAAAUGUGUAGAGAAACACAAUGGAUACAACUGUGACUGCACAAGCUCAGCAUAUGAAGGACCCUCAUGCACAAAAGAAGUUUCUGCAAUGUUUGAAGCUGGGACCUCGGUCACCUAUGUUUUCCAGGAGCCAUAUCCCGUCUCUGUGAACUCAAGUGCAUCAUCCUCUGCAAUUUAUGCAGAUACUGUAGUUUCUAAAGAACAAAUUGAAUUUAGUUUUGUGACAGGGCAUACUCCAAGCCUUUUGCUCUACAUAAAUUCUUUCUAUCAGGACAAUAUGGCUGUACUUCUCUGCAAUAACGGUAGUUUACAAAUCCGGUACAGAUUCAGCAAAGAAGGAACAUAUGUCUUUACAUUUGAUUCAGAAAGAUUUGACAAUCGAAGACUACAUCAUGUGAAGAUAAGCAGAGAAGGCAAGGAACUGGUUAUUCAGAUUGACAAGAUAAUCAGAGAAAGGCAUACCUUUUCAUUAGACAUCUAUUUUAAAGCUAUCAGAUCUCUUACAUUGGGCAAAGUAGUUGAUAAUCCAGGACUUGAUUCAGAAAUUUCUAAAGCAAACAUAUUUGGAUUUGUUGGAUGUCUAUCUUCAGUUCAGUACAAUCAUCUGGCUCCCCUGAAGGCAGCUCUGCGACAUCCCAGCAUAGCGCCAGUAACUGUCAUAGGAUCACUAUCAGAACGUAGCUGUGGAUCCCUCACUGAAGCUGAUCUCAGUACGGUUACAACCACUUACUCUUCAUCAGAUCCCUUAGGAAAGGCUGAUGAUCGUGAACCUCUAACAAAUGCAGUAAGAAGUGAUUCUGCUGUCAUUGGAGGUGUGAUUGCUGUAACGAUAUUUAUAAUUUUUUGCAUUGUGGCAAUAAUGACAAAGAUUCUAUACCAACACAAAGAAACACAUCGGAAAAGUCAACCAAAAGAAAAGGAGUACCCAGGAAGCAUGAACAGUUCAUUUAGAAAUGAAAUAGACUUACAGAACACAGUGAGCGAGUGUAAAAAGGAGUAUUUUAUCUAA